AUGUUACAAAAAUUUUUUCCCUUUAAAUUUCCUUUAACUUCUUUUAAUAGAAUUAUGGAUAAAUCUGAAGCGUUAAAGAUAUUAGAUAUGAGAAAAGGGGAAACUAUUGAUAAAAAAUACAAAAUUCUUAUAAAAAUAAAUCAUCCAGAUAAAAAAGGCUCUUCUUAUCUUACUAGUAAAAUAAACGAAGCAUAUAAAAUGUUAAAAGAGAUAUAA